ACUCACAUCCUGCGGUCUACCAAAGUGGACAAUCUUUUGAUUUUUGGGGGAUUUUACGGAAACCGAUUGGCCUGUCCUGUCAGUGGUUAUUUAAUUGCUUUCUUUUGCGUUUUUCAUUUAAACCACAAGUCGUUGGAAAAUGGGUUACCUACUAUUUGGCGUCGGGUUGGCUUUGGUGGUAGCUCUAGCCAUCUACUUACACCAGCCCCCUGUGCCGCAGAGGGCAGCUCCUCAACAGAGGAACGAGGACGAGGACGAGGACGAGUUUGAAGGAACUAUGGGAAAAAGAUUGCGCCGGAACUUCACAGAACAGCGAACGCGGCGCAGCCUGCCGGGGGACAAAUGCGCCGUUUGCCUGGACGAAAUGAAUCAUGGCGACAUGAAGUACAUGAAGUGCGGUCAUGCCAUGGACGGGACCUGCUUCGAGGAGUAUCGCUACAUUCGCAGGAACUGCCCACUAUGCGACAAACCUAUUAAUCUCAGUCUACCUGGGGACAGAUGUGCCAUUUGCCUGGAGUCGCUAUCAAGGGCUAACAUGGCUCACUUGCGCUGCCAGCAUGCUCUGCACUUUGAGUGCCACCAGCAGUUUAUCGAGAGUGGAGCCAAGUGCUGCCCUCUCUGCCGGGAGAAACUGUAGGAUCACCACAUAUCUUUCAGAGAUCUGUUAUCACAUAAAGAUCUCUCAACUUAAGUCCGUUCCAGGAAGAUAUUAAGGGAAUCACAUGUUGUUAUCUUUAGCAGUGCUAAGCCCUUAGUGCACAAAGAAUUUGUACUAAUUAACAUAAGAAAAGCGAUAAGCAAUCGAAACAAGUCUGUCCUAGCGUCUAAUUAUCGAGCGUUUUGUUAAAUAAACCACACAAAUUGCCUUUCACAAA